AUUCGCGACGGCUCAGCCAAUAGGAAGACGCGUUGCACUCUCCGCUCGCGCCGUAUUUCCGGGGCUGCUUCAGGAAUGUAAACUAUUCAACAUGGAGACAGCAGUUGAUAAGCUGGAGGCGAUGUUCCAGAAGGCCGAGGCGGAUAUCGAGUACGUGGAGAAGCGGCUGAAGUUCGAUUUCGUGACGAGCGCUCGGGAGAACGGCUCUGCUGAGGGAAACCCUGUUCAGCUGCUGGAGAGUCUGGCGGCCGUUAAGGCUCGUCACGCCGCUCUGUGUGUUCAGAUGGAGGAAAUCGCCGCUGAACAGAAACGCUCGAUGGAUUCGAUCAGAUCUCACCUGAACACCACGGUGAAGCUGGUGGAGGAGCUGCAGAACACGACAGACACACAGGUUCCUCCACUCACACAGGAAGAACAGGAAGCGAGAGAUUCCCUCUGUUCAUCAGUCACAGCUCUGUCUCUACAGACACCCUCUGAAGCGCACACACAGCAGGAGUCUGACUCACAGGAAAAGCGCAGAGACGUGAAAGACGUGGAGUUCGAAGCCGUUCCACGAAGUGUACGAGGAAACGUCAAGCUCGGUGACCUCAACACCCUGUACACACAGCUGACUGAACACUUCUCCUCAGACAACAACAGAGCUCCUCUGAGUUUGCAGAAGAUGAGGAAACUGAACAUGAGAGUGAGCGAGGCUGCGAUUAAGACGCUGCAGCACCUCGGCCUCAUCGAGCUGGAUAGGAAAGGCUCCGUCUCUCUCUCGUCCUCACACUGAGGAUAAAAACACCAGACCGAACAGACGCUCCGAAGUAAACGAGUUCCGUCUCCUCCACGUGUCCGACACUCGAGCUUGUAGACAGCCAUGUUGAGCGCACACAGAGCUUUAGACUCAGCGUUCUCCUCUACACGACAUUUAUCACUUCAUAAUGCUUUAUUGUAGAAACUUAAAUACGACGUUCAGGUUAGUUGUGUGUCAAUAAAGCGUUAUAGCAUUUCAGAUGCACAGUAUUUCUAACAGGGUAGCGUACUGAGAGAGAGAGAGAGAGAGAGAGAGAGAGAAAGCCCAUAAUUCUGUUCACCAGCACCAUUUCUCCCAGGUCAUCUCUGAGCCAGGUGAGAACAGAUACAGGUGAAGAAGUAAAUUAUUUCAAAAUACUCCAUCAUUAUAAUAUGACAAAGCUGAAAAAAAGUCCCAAAUUGCACUAAUUUUUAUACACAAAAAGGCAAUUUAUAAUGUGGAAAUGUUCAUUUCAAUGUGUGUUACUGAAUCUGUGUGUGUGUGAUAUUUGUGUGUAAUAUCUGUGUGUAAUAUGUGUUUAAUUAAAGUCUCAUUAAACCACAAAUUCCAA